AUAUCACACACGCACAUUUUUACGAAGAUAUAAGACGUAAAUCAUGUCAGAAGAAGAGUCGGCAGCUCCAUCAAAUGAGCAAAAUGCUGCAUCUGAAGAGAGUCAGUGUGAAGACAAGGAUAAGGACCAAAUAAAUGCAGCCGAGAAACCCACAGACACACCCAACCAGUCAGAAGGAGGAUCAGAAACCUCUAAAAAGAGCAAAAUUCCAGUUAAAGAAAUAUUUGAACCAGGAGAUUUAAAAAAGUGGGAACAGUCAGAGGCAUACAGAGAUUUGGUUGGAUUCAUCACUGCCAUUAAUGAGGCUGUGAAAGGAAAGAAAAUAUCAGACCCUUACCCUGUCUCACAGACAGUAGAGAAGCUUCUUGUCAUGUUGGACAAAAUGUCAUCAUGGAUUGAUGAGAUUCCACCAGUCGAUCAGCCACAGAGAUUUGGAAACAAAGCUUUUAGGGAUUUUUUCAAAAGAUUAAAAGAGAAUGCAGAGACUCUAGUAAGGGAAGCCAUUGGUGAUAAGUUUGAGGACUUUAUCCCAGAAAUCUCAGUAUAUCUCGUAGAGUCUGUAGGAAAUGACACAAGAAUAGAUUAUGGUUCAGGACAUGAGUUAGCCUUUGCAGCCUUUUUGUGUUGUUUAUUUAAGAUUGAAGCCUUAACUGAACAAGAUGCACCAGCAGCAGCACUCAGGGUGUUUGAGAGGUACUUACAGUUUGUGAGGAAGUUACAGACAGUGUACAGAAUGGAACCAGCAGGAAGCCACGGUGUGUGGAGUCUGGAUGACUUCCAGUUCCUCCCCUUCCUGUGGGGCAGUUCUCAACUAUUAGGACAUAGAAGAAUUUUACCAAAAUCCUUUGUGAAUCCUGACAUUUAUGAAACCUUUGCUAAAGACUAUAUGUUUCUAGGAUGUAUUAAAUAUAUUAAUCAGGUCAAAACGGGGCCAUUUGCUGAACAUUCAAAUCAGCUUUGGAACAUCAGUGGUGUGCCAAAUUGGGAAAAAGUCAAUUCAGGCUUCAUAAAGAUGUACAAAGUUGAGGUGUUGGGUAAAUGCCCUGUGAUCCAGCAUUUUCUAUUUGGAAAUCUUCUGUCCAUCAAACCUGCCACAUGACAAGGUGCUAAAGAUGACAGAUUUUGCCUUUAUAACAUAUUUUAUGUUCAUAAAUGUAUUUAUAAAUCAGGAAAUAAUUAAAUAUACAGACUUUGCAUUAUUUUUUUAUCCAUGUCAUCACAAUUGAUGCUUUUUUAUUAAGAUCGAUAUGCUUGUAUAUAUAAUUAUACAUGUAUAUAUAUAUUCAGACUGAGUCAUUUACAAAAAAAAUCA